UCACUGCCGUUUCUGACGUCAUCUUUACUAAAUAAAGGAUACAUUGUAAAAAUAUAAAAUAAACUAAUAAAGUAGAGUAUAAACUAUAUUAUUCAUCUAUUGUAAAAUGGCAGAUCCAAAAUACGAAAACCUUCCAGGCAUAGCUUACGACCAACCUGAUGUCUAUGAAACCGGUGAUUUGCCGGAGGCAGACCAGCCCGAACCGUAUGAAGAAGAAGAGAAUGAUAGCAUUGAACAAUUACAUCUUUCAGUGAAAGAUUCAUUCAACAAGUUCAAAGGGAAAUUUCUCACAGGAAAUGUGGACUUUUCGGACAGAUUAAGUAGAAAAAAUCGUAUUGGAUACAGGGCCGGUGAGUGGGAGUUAGCUGCUGAGGGUGAGCCAGAAACAGCUCUACAACGCUAUAACCGACUUCGCUGUGAGUUCUCAGAGCUACUUGAACAGGUCACUGAACAACAGAAUAAAGCUACUGAAAGUGAAAAGGAGGAGCAUACAAAACUAGCAUCACAAAUCAACACAACAAAGAAACUUCUUGAAGAACUGAAGCUGGAAGAGGGUGAACAAGUUGAUCCAAAGGCUGAGAAAUUAAAAGAGUACCUGAGCACAAAUAGUAAGAAAAAACAUGGGGAAGUUGUAACAGCACAUCUAAAACUCAAGCCUGAGGUAACUCUGGCACAGACCACUAGGAUAGCUCAACUAGAACACAGAUUACAUAAGUUGGAACAAGCGGCCGGUGUGAGAGAUGAGGAAGCAUUCCGUAGGUUACAGACAGCUACGGGAGAGGUGACAUUGUGUGGAGCAGCAGCAACGCUCGCAAAUCAGGCCACAUUACUUCGUCCUGCGGAUUUAGCAGCGGCUGAAGCAAGAGUCACGUCGCUACUCUCAAAUGUAGAGGCUUUAAAGACAGCAGUUAAACCAGCAGAACCAGAGGUUGAAGCAAAGGUGAAAGAACUACAUAAACUGUUAAAACAAAUAGAUGGUGUGUCACAUUCCGAAAUCUUAGAACGAAUGGAGGCGCUUGAAGCUCUUCAUAAUCAAGCAAGUAACUUUGGAAAGUCAUUGACAGAGUUAGAAACGCUUCAAAGCACUAUAGCAAGCGGUGUUCAGAAUAACAAAGAGCUACUCCAGGGAGUCCAAGAAGUAUUUGCUCAUAAUAUUGACAGUCUACAGAAAGAAAUUAAAAAAUUAGACGAGAGAAUCAGCAAGUUAGCGACUGCAUGAUGAUACAAAAAUGUUUAGAUGGGCUUAAAAUUAUUUUUUUUAAUCCGUAGUCAGAGUUGCAAUGUAAAAAAGUUUAUUGGCAUAAUAACGUUUUGAAAUUAUUUGAUUUCUAAGAUAUAAUUUAGAGGAAACUUUUAAGGGUCUGAGAAACUUGUGCAUUCACUAACACAAUACCUAGUUUUGAAUUAGUAACAGGAUUUCAGUGUCAAAUUAAAAGAUUAAUUUUCCAUCCGACUCAUAUUUGUUUUCUGUAUAAAAUAUAAAUGACUUACUUUACAAC